AUGGACUCGUAUAAAAGACAAAUUUUUUCCAGAAUGUCACCAGUGAACGAGGAAAAUGAACAAAAUGUCAACCUGACUGGAAAAUCUCCACCAAAUUUAGUAGAAGAAGAAGUAAAGUUAGAAAAAAAAUCUGCAGAAAGUGUAAAUGCCAAACAAAAACGAAACUAUUUCGACUGCUUGUUUAAUGAAACAAAUGUUGAGACAGUUGAUGAUAGCUUCUUCAACAUUAAUAAGAACAAAACGCAACUACGCACUAAGAGGCAGAGGUUUUUCGACGACAUUCCUACCUCACUUACACCUCUCAAAACCGUCAACAACAUGGAAAAAAUCGCCAAAAACAAAACUAACAACAUCAACGAUAAUGUGUACAUCCGUAGCAAUCACAACAAAACAAACACCAACGAUGACAACAACAUAUGCAAUGACACACCAGCUAAGAAAAAAUUUGCAGUAAAUUCUUCAUUAUGGGUUGUCACUCCAAUUGGCAACGAAAAAAAAGCGUGCAACAACGUUAACAUGGCAAAAGACUGCAACCAGGCAACCAGCAACCACGCAACCAAUAGCCAGGCAACCAGCAACCAAGCAACCGACAACUACACAGCCAUCAACAACGCAACCAACAACAAUGCGAACAUCGAAUCGCCAAACAAAACAGAUGUAACAUUGAAAAACAUUGAAGGCGUAAACUUGUCUAGCUACAACAACAACAGCAACAACAACAACGUCACAAUCGUCAACAAAACAAAAACUAAUACUUCAUACAAACAAAAUGUUGCCAACAGACACGAAAGGAUAAUCGCGAGUAACAUUCAUGCUAACACGAAUGACAAUAUAAUCAACAAAGACAACAUCAAGAAUGUUGACAACAACCUCAACAACCACAAUUUUAACAACAUUAUCUGCAACAACAUCAACACUAACAACGACAACAUCAUCAACAUCCACAACAUCAGUCAGAUCAGCAGUAGCGAAGCAUACAACACGCACGAUCAGCCAACGCUCAACUACGGAGCAGCCAACAGCACCUUCGACUAUCCCCUUCAUAGCACGGUCGCCAUCAACGGUUUCGCAACCGUUCUCGAACAGAGUAGCGAACCAAACUCGAACUUAUCGCAACAAAAUCAGCAAGAUUUUGAAACUAAUUUCUCGCCAAAUCAUCAUAGAAAUCUUGACAGAAAUUGCAAAAAUGUCCACAAAAACAAUGGUAAUUCACUUGAAGUAAAACGACAGCAAGGAAUUAACAACGUUUACUUGAGAAUUUCAAAAAAUGAAUUUGAUAGCGCUGAUGAAAAUGAAGAUCCAGAUGAAAAAAAUUUUGAAAGGAACAUCGUGGUACACAGGCGAAAUCAUGCAGUUCUGAUGAAGAGGCAAAAAGCUCUGAGGGAUUUGAAAUCUCUUAAAUUAGACAUCAACGCUUCAGACCAAUGCCUAAAAAAAACUGGAAAUUUUUGUGACAAAGUGAACGAUGCAAGCAACACAAACAACAUUCCACACAAAGCCAACAACAGUAGCAGCAAAAACACUCCAAACAACAACAACAUACCAUACAACACCACUAACAACAACAACUCAGUCGACAACAAACACGCCCCAGUCUGUUGCAUAUCAAAGCAACUCUACCUACCCAGAAUGUUAAAAGUUGUCGGCAGUUUGAAGAAACGAAGCAAGCAGCACUGCAAACCAUCGACCAACAACUUUUCAAACAACGACAAUAACGACGUCAAAUUAUUUAAAAACAACCCCUGCAACAAAAACAACAACAUCCAAACAAACGAUAAAGCUACAAACACGUCAACGAUUUACGAAAGUGAACAAAUUCUGGCGUUCAAGACACCAGAACUCCAACAAAAUCAACAAUCCUUACGUGAAGAUGAGCUUCAAAAAAAUCAUCAAAGACAACCUCAGCUCCAAAAAAGACAACAACAUCAACAACAACAACAACAUCAACAACAAUAUGAUCAUCAACAACAACAACUGCAUCAACCACAACAACAACAACAACCACAAAACAGACAUCGAAAUAGAGACCUUGUGAGAAAAAUGAAGCUAUUCAACGAAAGUCUCAAAAACAAAAACGGUGCAUUGGUACAGCUUGCUGUGUUGUAA